AUUUAGGUAAUAAAAAUAACUGCUGUAUUUUACAUGACGGUAGAAUUAUUAUCAUUGAUAAUAUUUUACAAUACAGUGACAGCACCUAUCGGCUUGUAGGUAGAAAAUUUAAUAAAAUUGAGCCUCUUUAUGUAAUCGAUGAAAAUUUAAAUUCAAUGCAUGUUGAUAUUUUUAAAUGUAGCGAAUUAGGAAAUAUAUAUUUAGAUAUUUUACCGAAUGACAUUAAAUAUAAAGCGUACAAAAUGCCUUUUUGGAAAAAUUGCGAAAAAUGUUUUGAGGCUAAUAUGUUUGUUGUUGCAGCAAUUUACGAUGAUGAAUGGCUGCAUUAAAUGAAUAUAAACAUAUGUGUAACAUAUGUGUAAAAGUAUGAUAAAUAUGUAAAACAAAAUUUCAAAAAUAUUCAAUUUUCAAAUAAAAAUAAUAUAUUUACCUUUAUAAUUAAAAUCAUUAUUUACAAAUAACAUCGAUCAUUUCAAGCGCUCUUUCGCUCCUUUCUAUUCCCUCCCUUCACUCGCUUGUUCUCACUUGUUCUCAAAGUCUUGAAGCGAGGCGCGACGAGGAACGAGAGCGGAGCGAAUCACGAGCGUUCCGCAAUUGUCGUUGCAUGGAGAUUAAGGCUUAUGCCAGAUGAAAGACACGGCCCUGUCGAAAAAAUGAGUGGCGCUACGCACGUGUACAGUAGGCGGGCAUCUUUUGUCGGGACCGCGUCUUCUACCUCUGAUUUUACAUCUCUGAUUCGGAUGCGGAGUGAGUCAGUGAGUGUUUUCUUCGAGUAUUAUUGUGUACGCAAUAGAGAAAGAGUGAUUAUUUAUUGGAAUUUUCUUUAAACGGGAGGCGAUCCUAAUACAUCAGCUAGCCGCGAAGAGCCACGAGACAAAGAACAUCGGGCCUCUUUCUUUUUAUGAAGCUAAGAAUCGACUGUGAAAGAGGAAUCACUCGUCCCUUCGGAAGUGCAAUUUUUACAAGCAACUGUGUCUUACGUUAUGGAGCCUCAAGGUCCUCAAGUCAGACUCGUAGAAAAAAAUUUUUUGCUGACUGAAGAUGAUAUGUUGGACCAGCAUGUACAGGAUAUUUCAAAUUUAACUCCGGCUUCCACAAAACAUAAAAACGAAGAAUGUGAAGAAAAUUUAAAUCCAAAAAGAAAAAAAAUGCAAGUUGCCAAUUCAAAUAGAAAUAAAGAAAACGUUCCAACCGACAAUACAUUAAACGACAACGCAGUGGAUGAAGUAAAUUUUAUAAAACUGUCACAAUCGACUUUAAAAGAAAUACUAACUGAAAUAAAAGAAAUAAGAAAGGGACAAGAUGAAAUACUUCAAAAAAUAAAUAAUUUGGAAAACAAAUCAAAAAGUAGUAAAGAUAUUUUACAAGCUGUUCAGGAAUUGAACCUUCCGGUGCAAACUGUAGAACAGUUUCAGAUUUUAAUAAAAGAUGAAAAAGCAUUAUCCAUUUUGGAACGAUAUUUUAUCCUUCUUGGGGGACUGAACAUUUCAAAUGCAUUAGAUGGCUUCUUGAAGGCAAGUGUAACGGAUAAAUUAAUUAAGACAUCUUUUACAUGGAAAGAGGGUGAACAAAAAAUUCGGUUUCGGGAAACGCCUUUAAGUCUACGAUAUUAUGGUGCUCUUCGACAAAUUGAACAAUUUAAAAAUACCUCUAUUAAAGAGUUUGAAGUGGAAAUGGCCAAAGUAAUAAAAAAUGCACAACAGCGUCACUACAUGGUUCAACAUAGAGUAAUGCAAGUAAGCUCCAGUGCUUUGCAACGAUCUAAAAUGGAAGAGGAGCUUGCGGCUAACUAUGCGUCAGCUGCCGCUCGUAAUCGACAGUAAUCGAGUAAUUAUCCUAACCCUUCGUAUGAUAUAAGCUAAUUAAUAUAAUACGUAUACAUAUAAUAUAAUACAUAUACUUUAUUUAUGUCAUUAAUAAUAUUUAUUGUGAUAUAAAUAAAUAACUGUAAUAAACAUCUGCACAUCUAACAUGAAAUAUAUAUACAAAUUGUGAUAAAAUAAAACUUAAAUAUAUAUUUUCCUUAUUUGUUA